GUUGACGUAUUUUGUCCUGUUUAUUUUGAGUAGGAGAACCAAAUUGUGUUUGUAAAUGUGGUGUUCAUGUCAUGUUGUUAGCGUAGGGUGUAAGAAGUUGUAAAAUUUAAGAAUUAUAUAAUUUGAAAAAUCAUAUUAUUUUUUGUUAUUAAUUUUAUUUAAAAGUAGUGUGAGUGACAGUUUUUAAUAAGUGUUUUUUCGAACUUCGAUAUAUUAUAUUAUUGUUUUUGAUAAGCAAAAACAGGCUAGAGAGAGAGGAUUUUGAAAAAAUGUUGAUAAAACAAGUAAUAUCUUAAUAUAGCUGUGCAAUGGAAUCCGAAGAUGCACUGAAAUAUUAUUUGGAUGAAGUGAAAGAUACUCAAAAUGAUACACAUCAUAUAGAAGAAGAAAUUCGCAUACCCAACGAAGCAGAACAAGCGACUGACUUCCUCCAAAAUGCCGGUCUUGCUGAUCUCUCAAGACUUUACCAACAAGGUAAAGAAAUAACCGAAAAAGUUAUCAAAGACUCCGUAAGACAAAGGAAUCUGAGCGAAAAACAGGCCCAGACGAUAAGGUCUCGCGUCAGAAUUCUAAAUCAAACUUUGAGAAGUCGACAGCCACGUAGGAAACAAAGACAGGACAUCAGAGACAUAUCAUGGAAUGCAGAGACUUCAAGUACGGGGACCAGGUCCAGAUCUGCCACUCCGGAUUCACUAGAUUCACUCGACGCCUUAAACGAUGAACUUACAUAUGAUGAUGACCAACAACUGACCUCCCUACCCCCAUUCCCUCUGGAUUUUCAACAAACAGGCGCAAAAAAGAAAAUAAAAUCGACAAACAGCGAGCCCUUGCAGAGUAAAAAAUUUUACAGAAGUGAUAGGUGUGAUGUUGCCCAUUUAGGUUCUGAAAAUGUAGUUUUAAAAGGUUACCAAGUCUUAAGUGAAAAUGGAACGUUACCAAGAUCUCCUCGAGAAAGAAGUGGUAGCGAUCCCACCACUGAAAUUCACUUCCAACCCUUGAAACAAAGAAACUCAGCAGAUGUUUUAAGGGAUAGACCAAAUAAUCUCCAUAGUCCUUUAUCUCGAAGUCAUACCAACAUAUCGACUAAUUGUAGUAAAGUUUAUUUGAACCGAAGUGAUGAAAAUGAAAUCCAAGCUGUAAGUUUCGAAGGGAUGCUCAAAAAAGAUGAUAGCCAAGAGAAUACUGUGAUUACUGAAAAAUGGGAUAAUGAAGGAUUGAAUAUUGAUCAAUUAAGUGAUAGUGAAUACCAGUAUUUGAAACCUCUGUUGUAUAUGGAGUUAGUUGCCAUAUUUGAUCAUUAUAAGAUUGUUAAAAGUUACGUAAAACGCAAGGCCAGUAAAAAUAAAGGUGGUGGAAAUGUGUUUGGUGUGAAUCUUUCGACAUUGGUAAUGCGAGAUAUGCCUCGACCAAAUGAUAAUUGCAUGGUUCCGGAAAUAUUUCAAACUGUUAUCAAGCAUUUGACAACCCGAUGUAUAAAAGACGACGGUAUUCUGAGAAUCGCAAGCCAAAAGAUGAAACUGGAAACGUUGUGCAACGAAAUAGAAUCUAAAUUUUAUACAAACAGAAAAGAAGUCGAGAAUCUGCUGGGACAAGCGACUGUUCACGAACUGACUGGAGUACUUAAGAAACUAUUGAGAGAUUUGCCCGAUCCAAUUUUUACAGUGGAACUAUUUGAAAUGUUUUAUAAAACGAGUGAAAUUACCGAUGCAGAACACAAAUUAAAGGCUCUAAAUUUACUAGUAUUGAUGCUUCCUAUAGAGCACCGAAACACUUAUCGAUUAUUACUCAAUUUCUUUCGUAACAUUAUUGAUAAUGAAAAACACAAUCGAAUGAAUUUACACAAUGUUGCAAUGAUCACUGCUCCUUCAUUAUUUCCCCCAAGACUGCUAUUACCUAAAGAGAAUACUAAGUUAAUUUUGAAACAAUUAUCGAAGGACGAUUUGACGAAACAAAUAAAAGAUGCUGCAUUGUGCUGCCUCCUAAUGGAAACCAUGUUAACAGCUGGCGAUCAGCUUUGGACUGUACCUAAGUAUUUAGCAGAUCAAGCAAAAGAAGCACAGAAAAGAGCACAAGUCAAAAAGGAUAUGAGUAAAGAUCAAGAUAAGAGAAUUGUACGUUACAUCAUUGAAGCAAUUUUGUGCGGGUUUUGUGGUUUGGGAAGUAGAGGUGACGGAAUAAGUAAAGAAUCAUUGUGUUAUUUGUUUAUUUCCAACUAACUCUCUAUUUAAUUAUUUAGUUUGCAAUAUUACUCAUCAUCUAGUUGAAGUUUAAUCAAAAUCUAUCUACUAAAAAAAUAUUACUUGGCUGAAUAGAGGUUUGCGAUGCUUUAGAAGUUGCGUUAAUUAGGACUGUUCGCCGAUAAAAUUAUAUUUUGCUCAUAUUUUUUAAAUAUUCGAAACAUUUCUUCUACAAUAGUUACUGAAACCCUAUUAUCUGUUCAUUGUAAGGGAUCCUCUCUGAUCUUAUGGAAUUGCUUCUUCAUGAAAUUGAUUUUUCCAUACUAAAGACACUAUUUACCUCUACUAUUAUCAGAGGGUUCCUUCCAUAGGUUUAUAUCCGGCUCGAAGGACCAAUGUAGUAUAAUUGUGAAUAUUGGUAUGGGUAGUAAACAGUAUGUAAAAUUGAGUGUUAUAUUAAGUUACAACUAAACCGCUGGCUUCAUUCAUACUGAACACAUUUUUAUAACUGUCACUACACUGUCUCCUCCUCCGAGGCUUUCGUAGAUUUAUUCCUAAUCGAAGGACCAGUUUAUGUAGUAGUGUAAUUGUAUUAUUAGUGUGUCUAGUAUGAAUGUGACCAAUAAUUCCAGAAGUUCAUUAAUAAAAUAUGAUAACAAUAAGGAAUAGCAUCAAAACACCAUUAAUAAACAGAGAAAUAAUCCGAUUAAAUGGUACAAGGUAUGUUCGAAAACAAAGAAACAUUCUGGGAGUUUCAGACAAACAUUUUAAGCAGAAUUUAAAUGGGAGAUGUGCCCAGAACAAUAUUAAUAAGAAAUAUGAAAGUCAUAAUGAUAAUAAUGUUAGAUAACCAAGCAUCUCUUCUGUUAUCAGUUUCAAAACAGUUUAAGAAUGGUUGGACAAACUUAAUUAACUGAACAGUGAAUGUGAAUACUCUGUUGUAGAUAUCAGAACAUAUUGAAGUAAAAGGAAAUGAUAUAGCUGAUUAACUACCAAAAACAUGCUUAAACGCCCUUUUUGGAACCAAAACCUUUAUGUUGAAUCAGCACUGACACAACAUUGGAGAAAAUUGGAAAAUAACAAACUAAGAAAAAAGAUUUUAUCCUACUUGAAUAAUACAGUAGGAUGAAAACACUACUGGAUAAUUACUACCAAAUGAGAUCGGAAGAAUGUAUUACCCAAAGUAAAUCUGCACUAAUAGGGUAGUUGCAUUUUUUAAAAAACAAUUUUCAUUAGUUUUUAUUUGUGACGUCAUAGCUUUAAUAGAAACAUUGAGCAGUUGUCUACUUGAUAAUCACGAAGUUAUCGUUACCGGCUACUUAACGUGUGCUGUUAUAAUACAGUUAAUACUUAUUAGAGACGUAUAAAUAAAAUAUUUUUCUAUAUAUUAUGAAUAAACCUUUAAUCGGUUAAGUUCUUUCAUUAUUAUGUAAUCACGUUAAAAAUUAAAAUCAUAAUAAACUCAAAUUGAAUUUGAAUCUUACUUACAUUAAAUGAUAAUUACAUCUCGCAGGAUCGUCAAAAUGAUCAACACUUUCAAACCAUUUUUGUUGAAUAUUCCAAUUUCUUAUAAAAAAAUUUAUCAAAACCAAAGUUUAAUAAGAAAGAUUAUUAAGAAUAACCGAGAGAAUAAUUGUCGUAUUUACUUUAUAUCAUAUGUUCAGUGUUCAUUUUAAACCUAUGACGUCACGAAAUAUGGCAGCCUUACUGAAAUGUUUAAACUACCUACAAAACUUUUGAUUUUCAAUAAUUUUUUUUCUCUAAAUAUCGAUCAAAAAACUAUUUUUUUUCUCAAAUCAAGCAAGUACCCUAUUGUUUUAAUAGUUCUCAAGAACAUUGUCGCUUAGAUAGACAUCUCAUGAAAUUCAAAAUAGUGGACAGACACCUCUAGAUUAAGUGGGCUAGAAGUAGAAAUAUUUAUUCACAUAUUUGCUGAUUGCAAGUCAUUACAGAAUCUCAGGAAACAUAUUGCAUAAGACAGGAAGACUAACCUUGAUUAAAAGCUAUUGAAUUAUCAAGAUAUAAAGAACUAUUAGUUUCAGAGAGUACUGGAAAACUACGUGGACGAAGUCGUACAAUAUAUCUCUCAAUGGAACUUUGACCCAUGAAGUAUACAAGGGAUCCGAAAAUUCCCAUUUUAAAUUAUUAAUUCUGAUCAACAAUAACUGGUGAAAUGAUUUUAUGUACUCUUAGACUAUGGUGUAAAUGUGUGUUACCAUUUGCAAGUCUGAUUACUUUGUAAGGUUUUUGUUAAAUUUAUUUUCAGUCUUCUCAAUAUCCUAAAAGUGUACAAGCUUCUUAUUUAUUUAACAGUUCAUGAUGGCAAAACUAGAUCUUUGUGUGAGCGGUUUUUAGCUAUGUUUGAUUUUAUAGUGAGCUAUAUUAAGUAUAUGCUUAUAUUUUUUUAUUUGUAUCUAUAUUUAGUACUUUCUCUGUUUGUUUUUUAGUUUUUACAAGCUUUUGUCUACAAAUUAUAACAAUUUUUUGACAAUAAAGCAUUUCUCUCUUUCUUUUCUGCUUUUUAACUGUACUUCCAUGUAAUUCCUGUGUACAUGACUGACUUGAUAGUUACACAAACAUGCGAAGAAUGCCGAGAUAGAAAAUAUUUUUCUUUAUUAUUCAAACCUUAUAGUAAAUGAGCAUUGCAAUUUAUCAAAUAUAUUUUGUUUUAGCGAUCUGGUAAAACUAAAUUGGUGAGAAGCAGUACUCAAUACGAACCCGGUGCUAUGAAUUUACCGAGAUUAAAGCGAGACUUGUUCAGUUAGUUAUUAAAUUUUUGAAAGUAACUCAUUCCAAUGUGUACCUACAUUUUUUAACAGUUGGUGCCUCAUUAAUACAAAUUAAUAAACGUGUUGUGAUUAAAAUAUUUACACAAUAAUUUAUACAAUGAAUACCUGUGCCAAAAAUACAAAUAUGUUUUUAUAAAAGGAGACUUUAUUUUUUUUUUUCAAAUAAAGGUUCUAUUUUA